UAUAUAUAUUCGUGAGUUGAGUUUAGCCGGUAUAUAGCAGCAUACAGCUUGGGUAUUACAAUAACACAACGGCUAUCAGAGGCUAUCACAUCAUGAACUCCGCAAUACUCAGUGUGCUGCUCAUAUCUCUCAGUGGCUUCUGCUACAGCGCUGACUCUGUGGUGGACGACACUGAGCUUCUACUGACCUUUCUUAUCCACAGACACGGCGACAGGACUCCAAUUGAAUCAACCCUGUCUUUCUCAAGCCAUUCCGAUGAACUUAUAGACGCCUCUGCUAAAUAUGGAUAUGGACAGCUGACUGAUGCUGGCAAACGUCGUUCCUACCAGCUAGGCCAGUUCAUCCGCCGGCGUUAUGACGAGCUCCUGUCCCCAACCUUCAACAAGUCAGAGAUCUACGUCCGCUCCACUGACUCCACAAGGGCCAAGAUGACGGUGCUUACUGCGCUGGCUGCCGUCUACCCUGCCCCCACGGACAACUGGAGCGAUAAGAUCAACUGGACACCGAUUCCCUACACCACUGUACCUCCUAAAUAUGACUUCAACCUUGCCACAGUGAAUUGCCCAGAAUUGCUCACGAAUGUAUAUUCUGCCUACACCGUCACUGCAUCAUCUAUUCCUGCAUUGGCGCCAUACCAAGAUGUUCUGAACCUGUGGUCUGACAUAGUUGGACUUAACCUCACUCAGUACCCCAUAUACGCCUACAGUUUGAACGAUGUUUAUACAAGCCAGAUGAGCCUGGGUAUUCCUCUAGACGAUGACAUUGCAGCGAUUUACCCUGAGAUCGAAGUAAUUGCUGGCAUUGCCCUGGAUGCUAUGUACAGCUCAUACACGUCCCGAGCUUUAUCUGCUGGACCACUCCUGAACCAAUUCUUCAAAGUAGCCGACCAGGUCAUUGCUGGAGAAGACGUGCAGAGAGUUCAGAUAUACUCCGCCCAUGACCUGAACGUUUUCGCUUUUGAAGGCGUCACAAGAGUUGCAGAAAAGCAAGGAGUCCCUAAAUACGCUUCGGCUUAUGCCCUCGAAUUGAGAAAGGUGGUCGACACAGGAGACUAUAUUGUCGUGCCUGUAUACUUGAACACUCCCAGUGAGGACGUCAUCAAAUACCUUGAGAUCGAGGAGUGCGGCCAGAGAUGCGCCUACGAGAGCUUCCGCAGCGUCACUUCCAUCUACAACUUGGAGGAGAGCGUCUGGAGGGCUGAAUGUGGCUUCUCUGAAGACAUGGUUAUUGACUCCUCAUCGGUUGACUAAACUUGACGAACCAUGACAAAAUAAUAUAAGGGCUA